UUCCCGCGCUUUACAGUCACUACUAUUCCAAUGACUCCCAUCACCCAACACCGUACAUUUCAAUCAUCGCCUGACCUGUACACAAAGCUGAUCGGAAUCUACGCUCGUGAUCGAGAAUUGCAGCCAGCAAGACUACUCCACGCCCAUUUGAUCACCACCGGGUUGGCCCGUUUGACCCAUUUUGCCUCCAAGCUCAUAGCCUUGUACGCUUCCUGCGGCCGAGUAGCCCAUGCCCGUAACCUGUUCGACCAAAUUCCCAAGACCAACAUACGCCGCUGGUUUGCUCUGAUCGGAGCCUACGCUCGCUCUGGGUUUUAUCAGCAAGCCAUGGAUGUGUUCAGUGAGAUGCAAAGAGCCGGUUCGAGGCCGAAUAGGAUUGUUAUUCCCAGUGUUCUCAAGGCAUGUGGGCAUCUCUCUGAUGUUAAAACCGGUGAGAAACUACAUGCUGUUGUGUUCAGGCACUCGUUUGAGUUUGAUGCUUUUAUUAGCAGCGCGCUUGUUGACAUGUACUCGAAGAAUGGGCGCGUGGAGAAGGCACGCAGGGUGUUUGAUAUGAUGGUGGAGAAAGAUUUGGUGGCUUUGAAUGCUGUUGUUUCGGGGUUUUGUCAGCAUGGCAUGGCGGAAGAAGCAUUGGUUUUGGUGGAGGAAAUGCAGCUGGUGGGGAUUGAGCCUAAUUUGAUUACUUGGAACACUUUGGUUGCUGGGUUUUCGCAGAAGGGUGAUGAAGCAAUGGCCUCUAGGCUGUUUAAGUUGAUGCGCGUGAAUGGGAUUGAGCCUGAUGUUGUUUCUUGGACUUCGGUUAUAUCUGGGUUUGUGAAGAAUUUUCAAAACAGUAAGGCUUUUUAUACAUUUAAGCAAAUGUUGGAUCAUGGAAUAUGUCCAACUUCAGCUACGAUUAGUAGCCUGUUGCCUGCUUGUGCAGCUGUGGCGAACUUGAGGUCUGGUAAGGAGAUACAUGCUUAUGCAUUGGUGACUGGAGUUGAAGCUGAUGUAUAUGUGAGGAGUGCUCUUGUUGAUAUGCAUGCGAAAUGCGGAUUUAUAUAUGAAGCAAAGACAUUGUUUUGCAAGAUGUCUGAAAGGAACACAGUAACGUGGAACUCAAUGAUUUUUGGAUACGCAAAUCAUGGGUAUUGCACUGAAGCAAUUGAGCUUUUCAACAAGAUGAAGACAGAAGACAACAGGAAACUUGAUUACUUGACUUUCGUAGCAGUCCUUACUGCUUGUUGUCAUGCUGGAAUGAUUGAACUUGGCAAAAGCUUGUUUAGUUCGAUGCAGGAAGAACAUGGGAUCAUGCCAAGACUAGAACAUUAUGCAUGUAUGGUUGAUCUUCUAGGUCGAUUAGGGAAUCUCACUGAGGCAUAUGAUAUGAUUAAGGCAAUGCCCAUGGAGCCAGAUUUGUUUGUAUGGGGAGCAUUAUUAGGAGCAAGUCGGAACUAUGGGAAUAUAGAACUUGCUGAGAUAGCAGCUAAGCAUUUGUCAGAGCUAGAGCCGGAGAGUGCAGGAAACAAUUUGCUAUUAUCAAGUCUAUAUGCAGAUGCUGGAAAUUGGGUAAAUGUUGCAAGGUUGAAGAAAAUGAUGAAGAAAAAGAAGUUAAGGAAACUACCAGGAUGCAGUUGGACGGAAGCUGCCUGAUAUACAAGAAUGUCUUUUUAAGGAAGGUUCUGUACAAUUCUUCAUUCAGAAGAGACCUGAAGAAAAGGAAUCUACAGAUUCCGAGUGUUUGGUUGCUGGAGUACUGAUAACAAUCACUUUAGGCAAGAGGCUUAGUGCAGUCCCUCAAAAUAUGAGUUUUUUUGCAUGCUAUUGAAUUAUAAGUGGAAUCUGCAAUAAUGCAGAACAGUUUCUUUGAAGUUGAGGAGGGGAACAUGCAAUGGGAUUUCAACAGUCUCUUAAUCUUCAGAAAUCCAAGUCGAAGGUAUCAGACAGCAUACAGAAGAAAUCGUUCGACAUUUUGUUAACAAGAAAAAGUUCUCAGUAAGUGUCUCCCAAACGAUAAGCAGAAUAUUUCUGAUGCUGUGAGGUUUAUCAAAAGCCAUCAAUAUUCAGCUUGGGCUUUUAUUUGAUAAAAGCUCUGCAAAAUGAAAUCACUGAUCUAUUGAAGUGAUUCCGCUGCUUGGUCUCUGUAGUGCCAGUGAAUCAGUGAAGUGAAAUUGUUGAUUGGUUCAAGGAAAGGGGUUUUUUGGCUUUUGAGUUGAUAGUUAACAGAAACGUAGUUGUUCUUAUUUGCAACCAAUGAUGAAAUUAAUGAUUCAAUUUCUCACAUUCCAAUGGAAGUGUUGCCUAUGCUUAAAAGGAAUUUCAUCAAGUUUGUAAUGCC